CCGUCAAAAGCAACUUGACGCUGAGCUCUUCUCCAAGACGAUUCGUCCUCACAAGUUUAGAGCCCUUAAGCUUCCUCUCUGUCCUGAUCAUCUGAUUUGGUACCUUUCUGCUUGCACGGUCGCUUCGCCCUGGGCCAUUUAUUGAAAUUGGACUCUGCAAACCACUCCGAAUUCUUGUCAGACACCUGUCAUGACGGAAAAUAAACAAUCGGGUGCCGCCUCUCCGCGAACAAGAUUCGACGGUGAUCACCAGGCAUCAUUGGACAAUCUUGUUAGUCAGGCUGCAGCGAAGGAUGCCAUCAAAGACUUCAAUGCUGCCGCUGAGCUUUAUUCCGAGGCCACGGAGCUCCAGGCGAAGCUGAAUGGCGAACUGGCACUCGAGAACGCCGAUCUUCUCUUUGCAUACGGGAAAGCUCUAUACAACGUCGCUGUUAGCAAAAGCGACGUUCUCGGAACAAAAGUGGCCACGGAGCCCCCCUCUCAGUCAGACAAACCGUCUCCGACAGCAGGAAAGGUCAUUCAAAAUGCUAUCACGGAGGCGCAGGUCGCAGGACCAGGGCAUGAAGUUGAGGCUAAGUCAAGCGAAAGCACGAGCAGGUCAUACUUUCAAUUCACAGGCGAUGAGAAUUUUGACGAGUCCGAUACUGAGGACGAGGCUGAUAGCCAGGUCGCUGAAGAUGAGGAUGACUUUGCUAAUGCUUAUGAGGUCCUCGACUUGGCACGUAUACUUUUUCAGAAAAAACUAGAUGCGUUGGAGGAAGAGCAAGGGAAAGGAAAAUCUGCUGGGGCUCCGUCAAACCUAGAGCAACUUAAAGAACGGCUUGCCGACACAUAUGAUCUACAAGCUGAGAUUUCACUCGAAGCUGAAAGAUUUACAGAUGCUGUGGCAGAUUUGAGGACAGCUCUUAGUCUAAGACAGUCGAUGUUCCCGAUGGAAGACCCCUCCGUUGCCGAGUGCCAUUACAAGCUUUCCCUCGCCCUCGAAUUUGGGUCGGUGAGCAGAGGUGAUGAUGAUGGGGAAGACAAUAAGGUCGAUGAAGCAAUGAGGAAAGACGCUGUUACCCAUAUGCAGCACGCUAUCGAUAGUUGUCGAGUGAGGAUGUCCCAGGAACAGGCGAAAUUGGACGCUAGUAAUUCGCUAGACGAAGACAAGGAAACCACCAUGAAAAGGAGGAUAGCCAAUGUGAAGGACAUAAUCUCUGACAUGGAGCAAAGGCUUAUUGAUCUCCAACGCCCCUCCGCGUCAUCCUUCAAUGCCAGUGGUGUGGAGGAUACCAUGCUCAGAGGCAUUCUGGGUCAAAUUGUGGGACAGCCGGUUUCUGAACAGAAGGCUCGACUAGACGCAGUUACCAAAAAUGCGAACGACUUAUCCGCAUUUGUGAAACGGAAGCCUGCGGGUGCCUCUCAAUCCCAAAGCGGGGAGACGGCGAAACGGCGUAUAACUGGAGUUGACGCCCAAGACUUCGAAACGAAAAGAGCCCGAACAACCGACACCAGUAAUACUGACUAGAUAACAGCUGGCAAACCAUUGUGUGUCCAGUUUCACCACAAUCACGGGCGCAGUACUCUCCCCACAUCAAUAAUGCAGGCUCUGGAUGUGAUUUUAUUGCUGUGCUUAAUCAAUAGUGCAUUACGAUACCCCUUCAAUCAAGGACAUUAUGUAUGGGCAUUUUCAGAUCUGAGUGAAAGUGUACCUCCCCGCUGGAAGGCGGAAAAGGUCAAUAAUAACAAAGAUUGUGGCGCCUCGGACACAUAGGCCUAUUGGCAGGUAUAGCAUUCGAGACCCAUUGCAGACUAUCAAUGCAAAACACCAUUGCUCUCGGCCAGGGACAAACAGCGUCAAAGGGUUGGCAAUUGUUAAGCACGGGCCCUCUGUAUCUAAGUUGAAGUAUGCUGCUUCCGGGACAGUAUACCCGUAGGAUUGGAUCAUGACGGGGUGAGUCUGGAU